GUACAACGUUUAUGGUCGGCUCAGCGACAGCACAAGCAGCGAACCACAACAGGCAUUUGAAACUAUUUUUUCUUUCUUGAGAAAUACAACUGUUCCUUUGCUCAUCAGCUCCCAUCUAAACAUAUUCGCUCUGCCGUUGGUCGUUCAAAUUCGCCGUACGUGCCGCGCCCACUUCAGCGCUCCAGCUCCUCUCUUUCCUCGUACCGUCUCUUUCGUGUGUGUGGGUGUGUGCGGGUAAGCUUUCUUGCUCCACAUUAUGCUGCUGCGGAAUUGAGCAGUCACACCUUCUGCUGUUAUUGCCGUUGUCUGGAUUCUUGUAUCGGUUUUUCUUUUUGUUUUCGUUUUCCGAACUUGGUACUCUAGUGGGGUCUUUGCUAGCUUACCACUUGAAUAAGACAUGUCCGCUCCACUCCGCAAAGGCAUACGACGGGCCUCUGGCCGCGACUCCACCCUCGCGCACGCGGAAGGCGAGGCUGUCCCGGAAUCUGCGGUUUUAGGGUGCUCCCCUACGGCUCCGACCUCCGCGACCACCGCCGCCACCACCACCACCACGGCGGAUGCGUUCAUAAGUCCGACGUCGCAGGCGUCCCCCACCUCAUCAUCCGCGCCCAAGUCAAGCGCAAAGGGCACCGCGAAUGACGGUGGAGCCGGAGGGGACGGUGGGGCUGGGGCUGGGCUACGCAAAGGCAACCUUCCCACCCUCGGCCGCAGUCCGAACACGCGCCUACGUCAGCCCUACGGUCUUUCACCGCUGCACAGCAGCGCCGCACAGAGCCCCGUCCUGGCGCAGGUCGCCUCUCCCUUUUUCGCCCCGCAGCAGCCUCGCGCCGCAGCAGAUCGGGCGAGUGGGGCUGCGUCGCCCACCGUCUCUCCCUCGUCUGCAGUCCCCAUCGCCAGCACGUUGCCGAAUAACAUGCCCCUCGCCGGCCUCUCGAACCACCUCCGGUUAAGUGAAGGGCUGAGCUGUCUGGACUACCACGCAGGCUUUCGUGCCCUUGCCAUCGGCAGCACGCGUCAGAUUCACGUGGUGGAGGUGAUACCGAUGGUGGGCCACGACGUGGCAGCCGCGGCGCGUUACAAGCGCACGCAGCAGCAACAGCAGAAGACGGCGGCAGCGGCAGCGGAUUCCUCGUUCCCUCCUCUUCAGUGUCCCCUCGAUGGUGAGCAGCCGCAGCACACCUCGCCUGCUGCAUCGCCCGCCCCCGUCAUGGGUACCGCCCCAUUUCUUAUGCGCAACACCGGCGUCUUCGGCGGUCUUAUUAAGGUGGAAAGCGUCGCCUGGUACCCCAGCACGGAGGAGGCCUCCCUCGCCUUCAUUCAACCCGCCCGCACCGUCACCAUAUUUCUCGAUGCGCUGCAGUUCAAGGCGGAUGGCACCUACCUGCCGCAGCAGUGGACGCGAUCGCAGUACAAAGGGAAGACGCUGAACUCGACGAUGGCGGCCGGUGGGGGCUCGACGGCGAUGGCGGUGGUGGCGAACUUAGACGGGGGGCUGGCGGGCAUGACGCCUGCCACCUCGACGGCAAGCCUGAGCGAUCGGUCUGGUAUGUACACGCCGGUGUCCACCUCUCUCGCAGGGGGCGCGUCCUUCAGUGCGGCGUCGGCCUCGCAUGGUGGCACGCCGCACGAGAUUAGUCUCCCUACACCGAAUAGCGGCGGCAUCCAGUCCGGGCCUGCUCCGACAAUGAGCAGCCUUCCUUGCGUCUAUCGCGAACUCAAAGGACCUGCUGCGAAGGAGUUAAUAGAGUUGAAUAUUGAUAUUACGUACAUGCGGGUAGAGAAGAUCGUGUGGGACCCGCAUCAGCCCUACACCCUAGCCCUCAGCUCGCCCACCACCCACUUCGAGCUGUGGCAGGUGCCGACGGAAGGGAUGUGCGUCUACGCCCCGCAGCUCGUCCUGCGGCCGCCCGCACACAACACCCGCUCGGUGGUGCGUGAUCUCGUCUUCUCGCCGUCGAACCCGCACGUCAUCAUCGUCGUGACGGAGUCCGGCAACACAGGCCAAGUGCUGCUGUACGACCGCCGUCAAGUGGAGGCGAUGCGUGUCUUCGACAUGAGCGGGCCUGGGCUCUCCGCCGCCUUCCACCCCCUCUUCUCCGAUCUCUUAGCGGUCUCGUUUCGCAAGGAGAAAACGAAGCCCGACACACGUAUUUCGUUUCUGCGAGUUGUGUCCGGCGACACGGCGGGUGCGCUGCCCGGCGUCGACCCGCCCAGCACCGGCCCCGACGGUGUCCUUUCUGUGUCAGCUUCGGUGGGCGGCGCGGGAGUGCGCAGGUCACCCAUGCUCAUGACCACCGCCGCGUUGACUGCUGCUACGCUGGACGAAAGCACCAACAGUGGUGGUGGCGCUAGUGGUUCCCCGGCGAGUGCGUGCCCCUUCCUCGCGGAGCAGAGCUACCUGCCACCCAUUGACAACUAUGCCUGUGUCAGUCGCAUGCGCUGGCGGCCGCCGUCGCUGGGCCGGCUCACGGAGCCGAAGCGACACCACUACAUGGCCUUCCGACCUUCCGCCGAGGAGCUCUGGGCGGCGCAGCACUUCUCUCCCUCCUCGAGAUCCAUGGAGAACGGGGAGCAGCAGGAGGCAAAAGACGACGAAGAGGAGGGGGGUGAGGAUGAUUGCACGAACUGGGUGGACCUCCUCCACUCCCAGCUGUGGUUCGCCACGGCAGCCAUGACGACGGACUCCGAUCUGAGUGUGUGGGACGCCGCGAACGGCUUCUUCCCGGUGUGCGCCGUCAAGUACCUUGGAGCGCGCGUGGUCGGCAGCACCAGCAACGAGGCGAACGACUUCAUCUGGGUAAACGAGCUCACCUUGGUGUCCAUCUUCAAGAGCGGCGAGGUGAUCUGCACGAGCUUCCUGAACAGCCUUAUGGAGGGGAUGUUGGCGGCUGGAGAGGCUUACGAGCGCUCAUUGCGGCCGCGCCGAAAGUCCUCGCAGCGCCCACACCGAUCCCGCUCGUCAGGACCACGGAGACGACGCACGCAGCAGUGCGAGAGCAAAGCACGCGAUGACUACGCGGAGCAGCACCGCAAGACACGCGCGGAAGAAAAGGACUGCCUGGCGAUGCUGCCCGCCUACCAGCGCGACCCAUUCGCGGAUAUGUUUGCCACCUACAUUGUGCUGCCCACCUCUUCGAUCGUGUCAGAUCUCUUCGGACACAGCUUCACAGUUCGCAACUCCAACGCGACCCUCCGUCGUCAAUAUAACGCAAUGAUGCGCCGCGAGUUUGGUCAGCUGCUGCGUCGUCUGGCGAUUCAGGUUUCACGAGAAGCGGUGCUGCGCCAGCUUUGGUCAGAGAUGCGCUAUCAACUUCCCGCGGGUGGCGCGAGUAGCCCGGGUAUUGUCAGUGGACUCGCGGCCCUGCACGAUAUGCGGGCGCGCCGUCCACGCUCGCCUUUUACGCAGACGAGUGGCUUUCACGGCUGCGGGGGCUCCUCGCAGGCCUCCGACUCGACCCCGCCCAGUCUGCGACGCAGCAUGUUGAGACACCGCCUCUCCGCCGCCUCCUCCGUCUCCUCCUUCGGCGCCCGACUUGGGCUGCAGCCGUACGUGGGGAUUGGGGGCGCCUUACCGAACUCCAUGACGACUGCAGCCCACGGCACGGGUGUGUCCGCGCACUCCCCUCUCUUCCCCCCUCCCCCUCCCCCUUCCCUCCCUCCACCUGCGCAGGGGUGGAGCCUCGAUGACGUGAACGAUGCGCUGCUGCUGCAGGCAAGUCACCAUCACGGCUCGUACGCCGGCCCCACCGGUGCGUUCGAUGACGGCGACGAGGGAGCCCACGGCCAGGGGUCCGGUUGUGUUGGUGGAGGUCGCGAUGACGGUGUCAUCUCAGGCGGUGAGGAAAGAGAGCGCAGCGAGUACGAUGCAGACGUCGUGGAGGCAGCAGCGAGUCCGUUACGCGCGGGCAGCCGGUCAACCGCCGGUGGUGGUCGUGGUCGUGGUGCCACGGGGUGGAUCGCCCGCAUUUUGGGUUUCGCGCGUCAUGAACGUGUGCAUCAGUACCACGUCUCGGUACAGGAGUCGUGUGCAGCGUCCAUCGCACACACAGCAGCUCCCCACCCUGCCGAGGCAGUCGACGUGCAUGCGAAUGAUGCGGCGACGACGUUCGCAGGAGACAGCGUGGACGAGGAGGGUGCCGGCAGCAGUAACGUGGAAAUCGCCACGCAUUCCCCACCCGCCGCGGCACCCCCGGCACGUCGCCGACAGGUGCCCGCCCCUGCUGUCGUUGCUUCCACCGCGUUUGCGGGGCUCCGUGGACGGCCCACCUCACCGAUCAGCGUCACUCCGGUUGAACACAGUGGGAGCAGCGUUGGCAGUCCGCAGCAGCCCGGCGCGGCAGACGCCGGCUCGCCGUUGCAGAUCGCGGAUAUAGGUCGCAAUGAGGAAGGAUCACCAUCUGCGCUUUCGUCGCGCGCAAAGCCGUCAGCUGGUGAUUUCUACCAGCCGCGUGCCGCCAGCACGGGACCCCGCCCAAGCACGAGUGCGAGCUCCUCGUCUCCGCUGUUCAGUUCGCCUGUGGGCGACGUCGUGACCGCCUAUCACGCGGCUGCGCAGGGCAGGGUGUUGUACAACGCAGCGGGCAGCAACGUCAGUCAGAGCAGCGCCGCCGUGGCCGUACCCCCGCCUCCGCCCACGUCCGUGCUGGGGCCUGGCGGUCUCAAAAGCCGCCGUUCCGGCGUCAUCUUUGCACAGGUGUUUCCGCUGCUGAAGGAGUACGUGGACGUCGACGGCACCCGCAACACACGAAGGGGGCCGCCGCAUCGCUCGUCUUCCGCUCCCCCGCAGGGCAGCAACACGCGGCGAAGGAAGGAAAGGCAAGCCACCAUCCGCAUGGCCGAGGGUUGGGGCCGCAAGCCGGCGCUCCUUCUCUCGCCGCUUCUACAGCCGUCUAGCGACGUCACGCACAGCGCGACGCCCAGCACUGCUACUACGUCGCCGCUGCAGCUGCCGUUGAGCGUGCUGGAGUGUGGCGUGCCGGUGACGGCGGCGGACGUGAAGGCUGUGUCUGCGCGAACCCCUCCCAGUACGUCAGCAGCAAUCCACCCAGCACCUGCGCCAACGACGCAGCUCAUCACCGCCCGCACCUACCUCGAUCGCCAGCGGGACGUCGCAGCGGUGGUGGAGAGCUUCGUGCUGAGCGACGUGGUGUGCGGGUGGUCCUACGCGGAGCGGCCGCGGGAGGAGCUCGCGUUUGUGUGCUUUGCGCUCGAGUGGGACAUGGGCUACGAGCUGGCCUUGACGAUGAAGGCGCUGCGGCACGACCGGGCCGACGCGGAGGCGGCAGCGGCGGAGGAGGAAAAUGCCCUCGCUGCCGCCGCUGCAUACGUGGAAGAGACGGGAAGGCAGCAGGUAGGCAGUGAUAGCGGCGGGGUAGAGAGUGCGCUGCGCCGCAUGGACAGCACAGGUGGCAACGGUCGUGUACAGCAGCAGCAGGAGCAGCAGCGACGGCCGCGCCACAGCCGCCGCGACCCGCACUCGCAAGAGAAGUACGUCCCGUGUGCUGUCAACGCACAUGCACUUCCUACGACAAAGCCGCGUAGUCACUCUGAAGGCGCGCGGGGUAGGACCCAGCCAACCAGCAGCGGCAGCGGCAGUGGCAACGCAGAUGGAAAGGGACGUGUUCAGCCGCUAUUGGACUGGGGAAGGGGCGUCCCCGCGCCGUCGCACCAAGAUGUCGAUGACAAGGUGGCGGCGAUGAUGGAGGAGAACGCACGCAUUUGCGAACGUGUUGUGCGGCAGCAGCGGCGUGGCGGCAAAGACCGCUCGACAACGAGCACCCCUGCAGCCGACCAAGCAAAAAACUCAGAAAAUGUCAACGAUGCGGCAGCGGCGGACGUGGAUGGCAAUGCAGGGACGACGACGGUGACAGGGCGUGGCCAGCACAACGGCAGCGGCAGCGCCGACGGCGGCGAGGCGCGCACUCCCUUCACGAACGGCGAAGUGGAAACGUGGAACACGGCCGACCCGCGUGCGCAGUGGUGGCGGGCCGCCGCCCACGCCUGGCGCUCGCACCACAUCGCCUUCAUUGUGACUAUCACAACGCAGCAGCUCGAGUACGCCGCGCUCAUGGGCGACGUGCAGUACUGCUUAGUGUUGUACAUUCUCUUUUGCGUGUGGUGGCGUCUGCACAGUGAGGUGGCGGAGGCAGCGUACAAGGCGGUGUUGCUGUCCUUCCACAAGGCGAGGCGUCCCUUUGGGUACGACAAGAGGAGCAAGAGUGAUGCGUAUGGGCCACCCUCAGCCCGUCUGCGCGCGGAUGUGUUGGAGGGUGAUGGUGGUGGUGGCAGGGUGAGUUCUCGCGGGAGUUGGACAGGCGACGACGGCGAUGAAAAGGGUGAACAGCAGAAGCAGCCACAGCACUACCCACCGCCGUCUGCGUCACACCCGGCAAAGGGAAAGGAGGCGUCCUCUGCGGGCAAUCGACGCGGAGGAAUGUUACGUGUGUCGACCAUGACCUCCGUUGACGACAACCGCCACGCCGAGACUCCUGGUUUACGAGCCCCUGACCUGGACUACCGUCUUUCCGCGUAUGACCCGGCAGACACGUCGGGGAGUGAGCCGGAGAAUGGAAUGGAGCGGCGAGGGUCGUGUCGGCGGAAGGGCGAUCACGAAAAGCGGAACUCACUCAUCUCUUCAGAGAGGUUAGAGCAGCUCCGUCAGCUCUCUCUCUUCUUCCAGCGCUGUCCGUUGGUGCCGAUGCUGCCGGACACGCCUCAGUCCCGCUCCGCCAGCACUACCGUCACCACCACCACGACGAACCCGUCUGCGCCGUCGCCAAGUCACGGUGGUGGUGGGGAGAUGAAGGAGAGAGGGUCCAGCGGCGGUCUUCUGAGCGCCGGGUACUUGCGCACCUCCGCCUUGAACCAGAGUCUUCCGCCACGCAGCCACAACGGCAGCUCGCGGCGACUCAACGAUACCCCGGCGACGCCCGCGAUGGCGGACAGCGUGCGGGACCGCGGCAGCACGCGCGCCAGUACGGUCAACAUCGGUGUGUUGGCGGGAAGUUACCGCUCCUCGAUGACGUCCCCCGCCUCACCGGCGCUGCGCGCAGACGUGAAGAACGGAACGAUGACAGAUGAAAAGCAAGCCAAGUCGACAGCGUUAGCGCGGUCCGACGAAAGCCGUGUGGCGCUCUUCAACGUGGAAGGCUUACUCGGCGUGCGGCUCUACGCGCGGUCGGCAGCAGAUGCGUGCUCGCCCGCCGACUACUGUGCGCCGGCGGAGUGGAAGCUUCGGGCGCUGCAGUGGCUGGAGGCGUACACGGCGGACCUCUACGCCCGCCAGCUCUACGUCCCGCUCAACGAGCUUCUCUUGGUGAUGCCGGAGAUCUUUCGCGAGCCGACGAACCCGGUGCAGCCGCGGGCAGCCGAUAUCGCAUAUGAAAAGCAGAUGACCUACGUGUACUGUGGCAACUGCGCCAAGGCGGAGCUGUGGAGCUGCACGCAACCGGAGACGGUGCCGGCGGCGGUGCGGCUGUACGAGCGGGUGCUGCGGCGUGCCCCGCACAGCAGCAGCAGCGAGGCGGAGGACGAAGAGGGGGACAGCAGCAGUAACGACGAGGCCGGUGCUGGCAGGGCAGACAACACAGGAGAAAGUCCGCGUCGCAGGAAGCAGCACAGACGACGUCGUCGCCGCCGCAUCACGCGCCUCCCGGCAGACGAGAGCGAUGCCGCGUCGUCGAGCGUCUUCACUCCCUCCGUGGAGUCGCCGACGGCGUCGGAGUCGGAGUCGGACGAAGUCGGUGCGGAUCGGCCCUUUUCAACGCAGGAGAGGGACCACCGUGAAUCUUCCAUGAACACGGAUGUCAGCCUGUCCUCGGAGCACAGCACGCACGACGGCGCCGGCUCAGCAGCGGGUUUGCUCGAUCCGACGACAGCUGCCGCCACUGCUGCGGCCCCGCUGGACAACGGGAGCAGUCGCGCGAGUACAGCAGGUGAGUCGGGGGGCAGCGUUCAGCAAAUGCAGCUUUCGCCCCCCAUCCCGUCGCAGCCAUCCCGGCCGCGUCAUCGCACGUCGCAUGCGCACACACGUCACAACCACAACAACAGACACAGCAGUCUCGAGGAGAAACAGCUGGCCGACGAGCCUGAAGAGGACGACCGGCACGAGGACGCAGCGGACGAAGGGGCAGCGACGCACGGGCACCCCCACCAUCACACGGCGGUGGAGUUUGGUCGGGCCGCCCCGACGGCGCACAACGCGACCUGCCGCCGCUGCCACAACCCCAUCGCGAUGACGUGCGUGAUUUGUGAGGAGGUGGUGGAGGGCAUCUUUAUGUGGCUGCGCUCGUGCGGGCACGGCGGCCACGUGCACCACAUCGAAGAGUGGCUGCAGUACUCGCAGGAGUGUCCGAGGUGCGGGACGCCCAUCACCACCACGUGGAAAGGCAGCUAA